UGGGAGGAGCGAUCUUGGUCGGCACUGACGUCGUUUUCGCGCACAACCCGCUGCGUCCGCGCAGACCAGCCACAUUAUCAGUAACGGUGUUACGACCGGCCUCGGGACUCGAGCGCCAGGUGAAAGUCUCAGAGUCUCAGACGUACAACUCACUUCGACUCAGCAGCACGCGUUCAAUUUCGAGCUAAUCAAUCGCGAAUUACCCGAAGUUAGAUAAACGCGAGUAAAUAAACAAUAGGUCGUGCGGAUCUGUCGAUUACAGCCGGUGCGCAAGCGUCGCGUCAUAUCACGCCUGACGAGUGCACGUUGAGCGGCUGAUAGUGCCGCGAGCGCAGCUCAGUCAGUCUCGACCAUGCUGACGACGGGUGUCGUCGUAGCGCUGGCACUGCUGGCCGCCGCCGGCGCAGACCUCGGCGACAACACGCUGGACCUGAACCGCACGCGGCAAGACCCUCCCGCCGAGGUUGCCGAGAAAUACUUCAUUAACAAGAUCUUCGACAAGUACGGAGACAAGGGCUUAAUUACAUUCGAGGGUUUCGAGCACCUGCUGGACAGCUUAGGGCUGGGCGGCCGCGUGUUCUCUUCGCCGCACGCGCUGGCCGACCACCGCGUCAACGGCACCUUCACGCUAAUGCACGACACGCAGCAUCGCCACAAGCGCUCCCCCUCUACGGAACCAAUACUGAAAAAGUCAUGCCUGUCGCCGAAGGACAUAUUAGAAGUUUACGGCAUAGAGAGCGAGCCCGGCGUGAUCACCAUCAGUCCUCAGACGUUCCUGGACAUGUGCCCGGCGCUGGUGUACCAGCUGGACCAGCGCUCCUGUUACAAGACAGAAGCGCCGCCCAUCAAAUUGGAAAAACAAUGGACUUGGAUAUACGCAUCACUGAGCAUACUCGUGAUCAGUGCUACCGGUUUACUUGGAGUAGCUGUGGUACCGCUGCUGAAGUCAGCUAUCUUCAGCCAAGUUCUGCACUUCCUCGUAGCCGUAGCAGUAGGAACGCUAUGUGGAGACGCCCUGCUGCAUCUACUGCCACAUGCUCUUAAAUCACAUGGCCCUUCAUCUGAACCGCAGGAAGAAACUGAAGUUAUUCUAAAAUGCAGUGUCACAUUCCUCACUAUUUUACUCUUCUACGCCGUCGAAGCGAUUAUGCAGACAUUACAUGGAGGACACGCUCAUUCUCAUGAUGUUGCUCAUGCACCAACUGUGGAAGAAAUUAAAACAGAGAGUGCUAAACAAAUAGAGCCUGUACCUAUAGAAUUAGGUGCCAUGAUGCCGGGGUCGCCGCCGCCGCCCGCCGAGCGCCCGAUGACGUCGACGGCGCUGAUGGUGAUCGUGGGCGACGGCCUGCACAACCUGACCGACGGGCUGGCCAUAGGCGCCGCCUUCGCGGGAGAUCCGGUCACAGGCUUCGCCACUGCCCUCGCGGUAUUCUGCCACGAGCUCCCGCAUGAGCUUGGUGACUUCGCUGUGCUGCUGCGUUCCGGUAUGAGCAUCAGACGUGCGCUGUACUACAAUCUACUUUCGUCUGUGCUCAGUUUUAUGGGCAUGGCAGGCGGAAUUUGGCUGGCAGAAGACCAUGAAUCUGCAUCUCAGUGGAUCUACGCCGCGACAGCGGGUACUUUCUUUUACAUAGCGUUGGCGGAUUUAGUACCCGAGAUAAACGAGAACAAUCACGGAAAAAGUAUGAAUUUAUUGUUAGCUGUACUCGGAAUUCUCACGGGAGGAAUAAUUAUGUUGCUGAUUGCUCUUCACGAAGACUCAAUACAAUAUUUGUUUAGAAGUUCGGAACAAUGAGACUCCCAAGUUGUAGGGUAAAUAUAAUGUGAUAAUUGUACUCACGGUUGUUAAUUAAUAGAUAGGCCGAGUAAUGUCAUUAACUGCAAAGGUAAAUAGGAGUGUAAGUAAAGGCCCUGAAUCCGUCUUGUAUUAGUAAAAAAUAGGCCGUUAUAUUUAUAGGUAUUUUAAAUAUCUAUUCUUAUAACGAUUACCAUACGUAAAAUACCUUUUGUAAGGGUAACUGUAGGUAGUAACCCCAGCUACACACUUAACGAUAAAACGUAGCGAUAAAACUGUGCAGUCCGAACUGCGCAGUUUUAUCUGCCGUGUGUAUGACAAAUCGUUACGAUAAUCGACAACGAUUACGAUAAUCGUUACGUGUGUAGCCGGGGUAAGCCGAGUAAGCGUAAAAUAAGUUAAAUUAAGUACCUAUUUAUAUAAUAAAAUCAAAUAAAUUGAAGGCUUUUAUAUUUAAUUCAUAUUUCCGUAUUCUGAAUGUCUAAAUGUACAUAAGUAUAAAUUAAGUGUAGUGUAAAGUAAUAACUAUAGUAAGUAGGUAAGUAUUGUAAUAACUCAUAUACCUACCUACCUACAUAAAAUGUGUAUUCAUCAUCAUUUAAACGAGUAAGAUUGAUUGAUUACUUACGUAUACUCGUAAUUUAAAAAAAGUAAAUAUUAAAGCACCAUACUAAGUAUACGUAUUUGCAUGAUUGAGUGUGAUGGAUAUGAAUGAGUAGGUAGGUAGGUACCUAAGUAUUAGCUGCCGAUUAGAUAAAGCUGGCCUUUACCAUUGAUUAAUAUUUUUUUUUGACUUCCAUGUUUUUGUAUAGCAGGUACCUAGUUAGAGUUAGGCCAAGAAAAGUCUGCAAGUAUUAUUUUAAAUUUAAAACAUCUAUUAAAACAUCAAUAAAGUAUAUAUAAAUAACACAUGCAAUGCGUGCGCUAUCAAAAUCGUUGCAGAUUUUUCUUGGUCUAACUGUAGUCCUCUAUGUAUAUACAGGGUGUUUGGUACAUCGUUUGCCAAAUUAAAACGGCAGAUAGGUUGAGUCAUUUGUUAUCUUCUCAUGCCUAGAAAAACAAAAUUGGCCAUGGUUUUUUUUACUACUUACUACGCAAGUAAAAAUUUGAAAUUUACGAAAAACUGGCAUAGAAGUGAAAAAAAAAUGUGCGCUAAAUUAAAAAUUUCUAGGCCUGAGAAGAUAGCAAAUGACUCAACCUAUCUGCCGUUUUAAUUUGGCAAACGAUGUACCAAACACCCUGUAGAGCUGAUAUAGAGUCAAUAGAGUGUAGUCAAAUGGGGUAACUUGAGGGUGUCAUGAAAACUGAAAUUGGAUAAGGAAAAGUACUCCUAGGAAUUUGAUGAUGUCACCUCCACUGUUCCAAAGUCAUUGCAAAAUUAGCAUGUUCACGGGGUCUAUUUGACUCGAGAAAGUGUCAGAGUGAGUAUAGCUACAUAUUUGAUUGUUAUUAGUACGAAGUGGCAAUUCAAUUCACUUAGGCUCAGUUCUGAAAAAUGUAAAAGACGACUGACUGACUAUACAACGGCAGGUGGGUAUAUGUACAACAGCAAUAUUUUUUUAUUGUUUCGAAUCAAAUAGACCCGCGCACAUUCAGGUACUACACAAGAAGACGACGUGUUUAAUGUUAAAAUAAAUUAUAUAUACCGGGUGUGGCCUGUAAUAUGAGCAAAACAUUAAACUGUAGGCUGUACUCUUCAUACUGACCAACAUUUGUUCAGCGACUUUUAAAAAUAACUUGUAGUUUGAUUUUUAAUACACUUUAAAGUUUAUUCUAAGACGCGAUGUAUUGCGAAUUUUGUUAUGUUUACGGCGUGACAAGCAACGUCAAUCACAAUGAUAUGGCGUGGCGAUGGCGUCCAUUGAAAAUAAUAUUGAUUUUGUUUGUAAAAUAGGGAGUCUAAAUACUUCAUAAUUUUUAAAAGUUGUUGAACAAAAGUGUCACCGUUUGAGGAGUACAAUCUAUGUUUUAAUUAUUUGCUCAUGUUACAAGCCACACCCGGUAUUAUGUAUUUAAUUUACGUAUGUUGACAUUUAAUUUACGAUCAUCAGUAUCAUCACAGGCAAAUUAACCUUAUAAUGUAAUAAAAGAUUCCAAUAAGCCAAUAAGAUUAAUGUUAAAGAAUUAGCUAAGAUUUAUACACUCACUAUUUUAAACACUGUAGUCAGGCUGUCACAUGGCUACCUAAUAUAUCUUGUAGGAUACCUGUUCAUUACUUCCCUGGACAUUUAUACUUAACUAGAAAAAAGUUCCUACAUUUCAACCCGAUGUUUUUUUUUUUAAACUGAAUUAAGAUACUCUACACUCUAUUUAAUUUUAUUACAUGGGAAGAAAAUAAUCGGAGCAGCAGCAAUCGAAAUGACCUGAACAGAAUGUUUCGACUUCUAUAAAUAUAAUGUAACCAAUUCACCCUCUGUCUCCCACUUAAAAAAUACCCUGUAUAAAGUUAUGUGUGAGUAGUAAGAUAAGGCUAAUCAUGUGUAUCGAUUAAUGACUGUAGGUAGUGUAUUUAAGAUUUUAAUUAUACCAAGUUUUCGCAUAGAACGAUUAAUUUUCUCGAUAUCGGUAGUUACUGACUACUGACUAGGUAUACGUAUUUAAGUUAAUUGAGUGACAAAGAACAAAAUUAAAAAAUACUUAUUAA